AUGACUAGAAAGUACGGCGCGGCCCAAGGCCUCCAUAUGCCAUGGGAUUUACAACUCACCGCUGAUAUUCCCUUCAUGCCGGAGCGCAUACCUGCAUCCCAGCCAGUCCGAGCUCAGGAACCGUCCGCUGAUAAAUCUGUCCGACCCGAGGACUACUCCAAGCCAUACUGCGAGUUUAUGACAUCCAAUCCCACAAUCUUCCAUGCCGUCAAAUCCUUCUCCAAGCAGCUGGAAGACCAUGGCUACAAGCACCUCUCCGAACGAGCGGUGUGGACCUCUGAGCUGAAACAAGGCGGCAAGUUCUAUACUUCUCGUAACGGCAGCUCUUUGAUUGCUUUUAACAUUGGUUCCAAGUACGAGAGCGGCAACGGCGUCGCUAUCGUCGCUGGCCACGUUGAUGCCCUGACUGCCAAGCUGAAGCCCGUGUCCAAGCUACCGAACAAAGCAGGCUUCGAGCAGCUUGGAGUUGCCCCGUACGCUGGUGGACUCGGCCCUACAUGGUGGGAUCGUGAUCUCGGCAUCGGUGGUCGGGUGCUCGUCCGCGAUCCGGAAACUGGCAAGGUUGAGAAUAAGCUGGUUAAGCUUGACUGGCCUAUUGCUCGUGUGCCUACUCUCGCUCCGCACUUUGGUUCUCCUGCAAAUGGCCCAUUCAAUCCGGAAACUCAGAUGGUGCCCGUAAUUGGCAUCGACAACUCUGAUCUGUUUGGACCCUCCAAGGUCGAUGCUAGUGACAUCAAGUAUGGCAAGUUUGCCUCGACCCAACCAGAGAAACUCGUGAAGAUCAUUUCGAAGGAGCUUGGUAUCACGGACUACAGCACUAUCGUCAGCUGGGAGUUAGAACUCUUCGAUACCCAGCCUGCGCAGCUCGGUGGCUUGGAGAAGGAUAUGAUCUUCGCCGGUCGCAUCGACGACAAGCUCUGCUGCUAUGCUGCCCAGGAGGCUCUCAUUGCUUCAUCCGAUGACACAUCGCCCGGUAUAGUGAAGAUGGUCGGUAUGUUUGAUGAUGAAGAGAUUGGCAGCUUGCUCCGACAAGGUGCUCGAUCGAACUUCAUGGGCAGCGUCAUUGAUCGGAUCACCGAGGCCUUCGCAAAGGACAACUACGGCCCCAACCUUCUUUCCCAAACGGUGGCCAACAGCUUCUUGGUGUCUUCGGAUGUCAUCCACGCAGUGAACCCGAACUUCCUGAACGUCUACCUGGAGAACCAUGCGCCUCGCCUUAAUGUUGGUGUCACGGUGUCUGCCGACUCCAAUGGACAUAUGACGACCGACAGUGUCAGUGAGGGCUUCAUCAGGCGGGUUGCAGAGCGUUGUGGGUCAACCCUGCAGGUUUUCCAGAUUCGCAAUGACUCUCGAAGCGGUGGCACUAUUGGGCCUAUGACGAGUGCUCAAAUCGGUAUGAGGGCUAUUGACUGUGGUAUCCCGCAAUUGAGUAUGCACAGCAUUCGUGCCACUACUGGAAGCUUGGACCCUGGUCUGGGUGUCAAGUUGUUCAAGGGAUUCUUUGAUCACUACGAAGAGGUCGACAAGGAGUUUGCCGAUUUUUAG